AUGGGCACGGCCAACGGCCAGCAGCCGGCGGAGGGCGCUUCCUCUGACAAGCUCCGCCACGUCGAGUCCAUGUCGGAGCUGCCCUCCGGCGCCGGCAAGAUCUCCGGGAUCAACGCCGUCGUGCUCGGGGAGUCGCUCGCCGCCGAGGAGAACGACCUCAUCUUCCCCAGCUCCGACUUCUCUGCCAACGCUCUCGUCUCCUCCCCGAAACAGUAUCGGGAGAUGUAUGGGAGGUCCAUCAAGGACCCGGCCGGGUUCUGGUCGGAGAUUGCCGAGACCUUUUACUGGAAGGAAAAGUGGAACCCCACCGAGGUCUGCUCGGAGAACCUCGAUGUCACCAAGGGACCCGUCCAGAUCAACUGGUUCAAGGGAGGGAAAACCAACAUAUGUUACAACGCUGUUGACCGCAACAUCGAGUCUGGCAAUGGGGACAAGAUUGCAAUGUACUGGGAGGGCAAUGAGCCCGGUCAGGAUGGGAAGCUCACCUAUUCCGAGCUCCUGGAGAAGGUUUGCCAGCUUGCAAAUUACUUGAAGAGCCUUGGUGUCGGCAAGGGUGAUGCUGUUAUUAUCUACUUACCAAUGUUGCUGGAGCUUCCCAUUGCCAUGCUUGCUUGUGCCCGCAUUGGUGCUGUUCACUCAGUUGUUUUUGCUGGCUUCUCAGCAGAUUCGCUAGCCCAAAGGAUUGUUGAUUGCAAGCCUAAGCUUGUCAUCACGUGCAAUGCUGUGAAGCGGGGAGUCAAGUCCAUCUUUCUCAAAGAUAUAGUGGAUGCAGCUUUGGUUGAAAGUGAGAAGAAUGGAGUCUCUGUAGGUCUCUGCCUGACAUAUGAAAAUCAGUCAGCCAUGAAGAGGGAAGACACAAAAUGGCAAGCAGAAAGGGAUGUUUGGUGGCAGGAUGUCGUGACCAAAUUUCCAACCAAAUGUGAUGUGGAAUGGGUGGAUGCAGAGGAUCCAUUGUUCCUUUUGUACACAAGUGGCAGCACAGGGAAGCCAAAGGGUGUGUUGCAUACUUCUGGGGGCUACAUGGUGUACACUGCAACAACCUUUAAGUACGCAUUUGACUACAAGCCAACUGACAUAUACUGGUGCACUGCAGACUGUGGUUGGAUUACUGGACAUAGUUAUGUAACAUAUGGUCCUCUCCUGAAUGGUGCUACGGUUCUCGUUUUUGAAGGGACUCCGAACUACCCUGAUUCGGGCCGAUGCUGGGACAUUGUGGACAAGUACAAUGUGACAAUAUUUUAUACUGCCCCGACUCUUGUUCGUUCACUCAUGCGUGAUGGCACCGAGUAUGCUACACGUUACUCUCGAAAGUCUCUCCGAGUCCUGGGAAGUGUUGGUGAGCCAAUCAAUCCUAGUGCAUGGAGAUGGUUCUACAAUAUUGUUGGGGAUUCCCGGUGCCCCAUAUCAGAUACCUGGUGGCAAACUGAAACCGGCGGUUUCAUGAUCACCCCUUUGCCUGGCGCCUGGCCUCAGAAACCAGGUUCUGCAACCUUUCCUUUCUUUGGUGUUCAGCCAGUCAUUGUUGAUGAGAAAGGGCAAGAGAUUGAAGGGGAAUGCAGUGGAUAUCUUUGCAUAAAAAAAUCAUGGCCUGGGGCUUUCCGGACUCUGUAUGGAGAUCAUGAGAGAUACGAGACCACAUACUUCAAACCAUUUUCUGGGUACUAUUUCACUGGUGAUGGUUGCAGCAGAGACAAAGAUGGUUACCACUGGCUGACUGGAAGAGUAGAUGAUGUCAUCAAUGUCAGUGGACACCGAAUCGGCACAGCCGAGGUUGAGUCAGCUUUGGUGUCACAUCCAAAGUGUGCAGAAGCUGCUGUUGUUGGUGUUGAGCAUGAGGUCAAAGGUCAAGGAAUUUAUGCUUUUGUAACUUUGGUGGAUGGGGUUCCGUAUAGUGAGGAACUACGAAAAAGCCUUAUAAUAACAGUGCGCAACCAGAUUGGGGCAUUUGCAGCUCCUGACAAGAUCCACUGGGCACCGGGACUUCCUAAAACCCGGAGUGGCAAGAUCAUGCGAAGGAUUUUGCGUAAAAUUGCUGCACGGCAACUGGACGAACUUGGGGACAUAAGCACCCUUGCUGAACCUGGUGUGGUUGACCAGCUUAUUGCGCUCAGCGAUUGCUAG